CUCACUGCAUUGUCAGCGCAGGAGUACCCGCCCAUGCUCUCCAGGGCAAGUUUCCUGGGAGUGUCCCUUCUCUCCACGGACGACACAGCAAAGUCCCCAGUUCUCCAACAGAGGUUGCUUUCGCAGCUCUGAAGUCCAAGUACUUGCUGGCUGCAGCUCAGAGUCCUGAGGCUGCCACGCCGUGGUUGGGGGACCCCAUCAGGCAAAUGCCAGCAGCAGCAUGAGAGGCUGGACUUCAGCCCAGGUCGGUCCUCACCCUGGGGGGCUGCUGCCUGGCCCGGUGGCGUAUCUGCGAGGAGCUGCUCACUUUCCCCCCUCAGGAGUCUUUGUUCCAAGGCAGAUAGUGCUUGGAUUCUCUCAUUAACUCCCUCCGCUCCAAAGGGGUCCGGAGGCUGGGAUGCUCUGCCAGCUUGAAGGAUGUUGACUCUGGAGUGGGAGUCAGAAGGACUGCAAACAGUGGGUAUUGUUGUGAUUAUAUGUGCAUCUCUGAAGCUGCUUCACUUGCUGGGACUGAUUGAUUUUUCGCAAGGUUUCCUCUACGCACAGAACAGCACCAAGCGCAGCAUCAAAGAGCGCCUCCUGAAGCUCUUGCCCUGCUCAGCUGCCAAAACGACGUCUCCUGCUGUUCAAAACAGCGUGGAAGAUGAACUGGAGAUGGCCACUGUCAGGCAUCGGCCUGAGGCUCUUGAACUUCUGGAAGCUCAGAGCAAAUUUACCAAGAAAGAGCUCCAGAUUCUUUACAGAGGAUUUAAAAAUGAAUGCCCCAGCGGUGUUGUUAAUGAAGAAACCUUCAAAGAGAUUUACUCACAAUUCUUUCCACAGGGAGACUCUACAACAUAUGCACAUUUUCUGUUCAAUGCAUUUGAUACGGACCACAAUGGAGCUGUGAGUUUUGAGGAUUUCAUCAAGGGUCUUUCCAUUUUGCUCCGGGGGACAGUACAAGAAAAACUCAACUGGGCAUUUAAUUUGUAUGACAUCAAUAAAGACGGCUAUAUCACUAAAGAAGAAAUGCUCGACAUAAUGAAAGCGAUAUACGACAUGAUGGGCAAAUGCACAUACCCUGUCCUCAAAGAAGACGCUCCCAGACAACAUGUGGAAACGUUUUUCCAGAAAAUGGACAAAAAUAAAGAUGGAGUCGUUACUAUAGAUGAGUUCAUCGAAAGUUGCCAAAAAGAUGAAAACAUAAUGCGCUCCAUGCAGCUCUUUGAAAAUGUGAUUUAACUUGUUGAAUGUGUCCUCAAUCAAACAGACAAAUGUGAACUAUUCUACCACACUUAAAGUUGGAGCUACCACUUCUAGCAUAGAUUGCUCAGCUUUUACACUGAGGCAUAUUAUGCAAACAAGCUUUGUUUUAAUAAGAAGCAAUCCCCAACAGAUUUCAGUUUUCCAGUUAUAAAUUUGCAUCCUUUUCAUAAUACCACUGAGUUCACGGGAUGGUCUAAGUCAUUUCACACCCUGUGAAUAUUCAAAUCUAAUAGAACCUGACUUAUAGUUUUAUUGAUUCUUUAGCCAUGGGAUUAUCGACGCUUUCACAUUAAUGGUGAUUUUAAAAUGUUUCUUUUGCUACUCAUUUGUAUGUAUUCAGCCCCAGGAUUUUAAAUGGUUUUCUAAAACACUGGCAUCUGCAUUUAAUUUCCGGAAAUUAAUUUUCAUGUUUGUAUGCUGUAAUUCCAUUUAUAUACUUUAAGUAAACAAGAUUACCACAAUUUAAGAAAACAAAAACAUAGUCCCAGUUUCUAUGGAUUUGCUGCCUGUUAAAGACAUUUAUUUAUCUGGCAUUUUUUUUAAAUAAUAUGAAACAAAUUAGUUUAUCACCAGCUGUCAGCAUAUGCCUAAUAAAGCUUAUUUAAUAAGCAUUUAAUUUUUCAUAAACACACAUUACAGCCAAGGCCUACAAGAUGUAUGUAAUUUUGGAUUUGUUCAAUACUAUAGGUUGACUGUUUUCUAUUGUGUCACUAAGUGGAAAUCCAAGAAGGUGUGAAACGAAGUGAGGGUGUUUUUAGGUCCACGCAAAGGGUAAGGGGACCUGCCUUCCAGUACUGGUAACGCUGAACAAGAAGUAAUUUUUACCAGCAUGGAAGGCCUAGUCCAUUUCUUCCCCAACUCCCUCACUGCACCUUUAUGGACCUGCCAUUCAGGGACAAGGAAACCUUGAUGACCCCAAUGCCCACUAGGAACAAACAGCAAGCAGGACUCACUCUGAAAGCACCAGUGAUUCCAUUAUCUUGAGAACUCUUAAUACCAAAAUCUAGUAGAAAAUGAACAUAAAUGCUGAGCAACUCAUCUGGACUGCAUUAUGACUUAGCUUAUCCGAAAACUCCAAUAAUUCAGAUCCUUUUUAAUGCUUUUAAGCCAAAAUUGUAAAUUUGCCACAACAUUACUGAAGAUACACACACCGCCCUUGUUUUGCAGAAAUAUCACAAGACUCAGAGGCUACAUAUAGUAGGAAGAAACCUGCAACUGUCUUUGCAACAAUAAAUCAGGUAUCUAUUCUGGUGUAGAGAUAGGAUGUUGAAAGCUGCCCUGCUAUCACCAGUGUAGAAAUUAAGAGUAGUACAAUACAUGUACACUGAAAUUUGCCAUCGCGUGUUUGUGUAAACUCAACGUGCACAUUUUGUAUUUCAAAAAGAAA